AUGCAGCCGCGCUGGUGGAUCAUCCUGGCCGCUCAGUUUACAGCUCUCCUUGGUGACUUGGUGCUGCAACGGAGCCCGAGGUACAUACAGGUCCAGACCAACAGAACAGCCACGAUGACUUGUGAUUUUAAGAACUCUUGGUUAGUCUCAAGAAGCUCAAGAGUCUUUUGGCUGAAGCAGUGCCUGACCUGCAAUACUGAAAGUCCCCUAGAGUUCCUGGCCAGUUUGGAUACCCAAAAAGUACCAAAGUAUGGCAACGUGGUGGAGCAGAACAGGAUUACCCUGUUCUCAGUAAGGAGCCGGUUCAUGCUCAAUAUCACAAACUUGAUGUCUUCGGACAGUGGCGUCUACUUCUGCAUGAUCAUCAACACCCCGCAGCUAAUCUUUGGGACGGGAACUCAGCUAAGUGUGGUUGAUGUUCUUCCCACUGCUGCUCCAACAACCAAGAAGUCCACCCCCAAGAAGAAAGUGUGCCAGAGGCAAAGCCUUGAGGCCCCUACGGGUCUGUCUUGCGGUUUCAUCCCUUUAAGCCUACUGGUGGUCGGUGUCCUGGUUCUACUGCUGUGCUUGGGGGUGGUCAUUCACUGUCACCGGAAAUCCCAGCUGUCCCAGUCCUCAUGCUCUAGUACCACUGAUGAUUCUUGA